AUGUUUCGAAACCUCUUUCGCGGCUCCCAACGCGCCCUCACCGCCCUUGCCCGACCAAGCGCAUCGCGCCAAACACCAAUGCUCUAUCGAGAGGCAUUGAUCCGGCAAUCACAACAAAGUCAACCAUUAUACGCAGCUUUCAGACUACUCGCUAGCUCCAGAAUACAUUCCUCCCAAAGCAAAGUCGCUGUGAACAAUGAUACCGACGUCAACGGGGGGGACGAAUUCAACGACAAGAGCGACAACACCACCCAAAGAGGCAUCAUUUGCCGCGUAGCAGCAAGACCUGAACGAAAGAAGCAUCUACGCGAGAUAAUGAAGGCAUUGCGCGAGAUAAGCGAGAAGCUGGAUAAAAUCAAGAUGGAUUUGGAAAUAAUUCGGAAGCAGAAGAGAUACAGGUUCUGGACGCUGGCCUUGGCGAUCAUUGUCAUGGGUUUCGUCGGUGCGAUGUCAGGCCCCAAAAAGCCCAACAAGCAGGAGAAUGAGACGGCGGAAGAGAUCACACCAGACAACAGCCCUACAUCAAAGACAGAUCCAGAUAUCGUUUCGUGA